AACAGGAGGGAAGAACAAGGAUAUUCCACCGUAAAAUUCAAUUGAAUUUCUUUCCAUAGAUUUCAUAGGAUGGCAGAAGUGAAGUUGAUUGGAAGUCCUCUAAGCUUUUAUUGUUGGAGGGUUGCAAUGGUCCUUAAGAUGAAGGGUGUAGAUUACGAGUACAUAUUAGAAGAUCCUAGAAAUAAGAGUCCCCUCCUUCUCAAGUAUAACCCAAUUCAUAAGAAGAUUCCAGUGCUGUUGCAUGGCGGGAAUCCCAUCGCAGAAUCGCUGGUCAUUAUCGAAUAUAUCCAUGAAACGUGGAAGGAAAAUCCCAUAAUAUUGUCUGAAGAUCCCUACGAGCGGGCCAUUGCACGUUUUUGGGCCAAAUUUACUGAUGAGAAGGUCAUACCCGGCGUAUGGGCUGCUUUCUCCACUCGAGGAGAAGCUCGGGAGAAAGCCACGGAGUCCGCAAUUGAGCUGCUGAAAACUGUCGAUCAAGAGCUCAAAGGGAAGAAGUUCUUCGGAGGAGAGGCGAUCGGAUACUUGGACAUAGUGAUGGGUUUGAUACCAUGUUGGCUCCCUAUAUGGGAAGAAGUUUUGGGCAUGAAGCUUGUCGAUGCAGAGACAUUCCCUUCCCUCCAUGCAUGGGUUGAGAAUUUCCUCGAGGUCCCAAUAAUCAAAGAGAGCUUACCACCUCGAGAUGAGAUGCUACAUAUCUUCAGGCAGUACAUUUCUCCAUCAACUGCCACUAAAUGAUAUGGUUAGUAUAGGGCAUUUGGUUCACCAAAUAUCUUGAUAUCUCAUGAUUAGUCUGUCUACUUUGGUUGAGAUUUUCAAGAUAUUUCGUGAAAUUUGGUGCAGCCAAACACUCCCUAAGAUAAUAAGAAAAAAUAUUGUACUCGUCAUUUCAAUCAUUUCAUGCAGGCCAGGCUCCCAUGUUCA